CAACAACCCGCACAGAACAGACAGAAAUCCAACAUAAAGAGCCUAUCCCUUUCCAUUGUGAAGAAUGACCAUUUUAAUUUUAUUUUAUUUCUGAUGCUACUGUCAAAUGAACUAAUGCAACUCUAAGAAGAAUAAAAUAUGCGGCUGAUUAAUAGAGACCGAACACAAGAAGCUAUUAGCAUCACCCCUGCUUGGUCCUCGAACCAAAAAUCCUCUUGCUCCCCACGCCAGUGCUUUACCCGCUAAACCACGCAGGAAAAUCCCAGAAGGGCCUCGGAGGCUACAAACACACACCACUCUCCCUUCCUAGAUGGGCUACGCCGAACUUCCGCUACUGGCUCCGCCUUUUCCUUCUCUUGGCCCCGGCUCCCGUUUCCAGCCUGGAGACAGAGAUCCAGUAAGAGUUUCCAACGGAUUUAUGGGGCGGAGGGCACGGGGGUGGGGAGCUUUACUGUCUCUGCGGGGCAGAGACCUGGUUGGGGUACAAAGGGCAGAGGUGGACGAUCUAAUGGAGAUUCACGUAGGGCUGCGGAGGGGGAAGGCCGCCUCUGCUCCUCUAAAAUUAAACUCCCCUAUAAUUCUGGGAGGCAGGAGGGCUCCUUCAUCCAGUCCGCUUGCAACCCCCCUAAUUUCGUCUCACCUUUUUUUUUCAUCCUAUGGUGGAAGCGUAACUUAACCCCAAGUUUUCAGGAGCAAGGUCACUUAAUGGGGAUAUAUUUGACAGACAGGUGUGUGCCAAUGCAGCAGCCCUAAACUGUCAGCUGCAAUGCUUAUUUAUUUAUUGACUAGUAACUUUUAAAAAACAAAACAGUGGAUGUAGUGUCAGGUUGUUCAUCAUUUUGUGGCAUUACCUAUUCUCCAGCAGUUUUCCAGGAUCUCAGACAUACAGGAAUUUUCUCAUCCGUGCUUGUGAGAUACUUUAUCAAAGGCCGGGAAGUUCAUGGCCCUCCAGGUCUGAAAUCUUACACCACAAUAAAUCUGUUAACAACAUAAAAGAACCUGCUGGAUCAGACCGGGGGGUGGGUGGGAUCUAGUCCAGCAUCCUGUUCUUACAGUGGCUAUGGGAAACGUGCAAGUGGGAUUUGAGUAUAAGAGCACUCUCCCCUCUUGUGGUUUCCAGCAACUGGUAUUCAGAAGCAUCACUGCCUCUGACCGUGGAAGCGGAGCACAGCCAUCAAGUUAAAGUACUGCAACACACCUUUCUCAUGAUUAAGAUCUAGGCAUCACACACUGGCAGUACCAGCUUUUCCACAGCAAUAAUUUUGUCCUGCUUUCUCAGUUAGUGUGUGGUGUUGAUGUGCACUGGGCUUGAAGCAUUUUUACUAGCAUCUAGCAUUAAUACUUAGAGGAGCCUGGGUUUUCAAGACUAGCAAACCUGGGGUGUUCCUCUGCCUUUCUUACGGCUAUAAUGUAAGGGGAAAUGCUGUUUCUGAAGAAGGUUGUUUAAAGUGUUUUUAAUAUUACGUUUUUUAAUUGCUGUGAUCUGCCCUGGGACUUGGUGGUGAAGGGUAGGAAAUAAGCCAAACAGAUACAUUUAUUAUUUGUUUCAUUUGUUUAUUUCAUGAAAUUUAUUUACUGUUUGAUUGUUUAAAAAAACCCCAACAGAUAGGUUUAUAAAAAGAAUAAAACAACAAAAUUAUUACUAAAAACAAUUAAAACAUUCAGAAAAUUAAAACCAGUAAUAAACUAAAAACACAUCAGCAUUCUAAAUAUCUAGGUAGGCUUGUUAUUAUAAAUAAUAAUAGGUGUGUUGGCUUGGCUGUACUUUGCCACUGGCUGUUAAAAUGAUACCUUGUUCUUGCUUCUCAGGGUGUUUGUAACUGAGCCAUGUCUGCAUUGCGUGGUGCUGUCCACGCAAAAUGGAUCAUAGGGAAAGUCAUUGGGACCAAGAUGCGUAAAACAGCCAAAGUGAGAGUGACGCGGCUGGUGCUGGAUCCUUACUUGCUAAAGGUAAACUUUCCUUUGGGGUUGAGUUCCAUCAGUAUGAUGGAGAACUUCAGUCAAUGUCAGGGCUGAGCAGCUAUCCCGGUUCAGUCUUGCUGGCACUCAGGUUUCUCUGAAUCAUUUGCCUACCACUGAAUAAUCCAUGUGCUCUUUCCUCUCUUCUCCCACAGUUCUAUAACAAGCGGAAAACAUACUUUGCUCAUGACCCCCAGCAGCAGUGCAUUGAGGGAGACAUCGUUCUCUUAAAAGCUUUGCCCGAACGGAGGAGCAAGCACGUGAAACACGAACUGGCUGAGAUUGUGUACAAGGUUGGGAAAAUCAUUGAUCCAGUGACGGGGAAGCCUUGUGCAGGCACUAGGCUACUGGAAAGUGUAACGGACUCAGAAAACCUGACCGAUAGAGAUACCAGUUACCUUAGUGAAAAGCUCCAAGAAUUAACUGUUUCUUCUUCAGAUAAAUGAUGGGGGUGAGAACAGGGUAGGCAGCAUAAUCUGAGACUUUCCAUGUGCUUCUGUGGAUGAGCUUGUAUGUAACACAAUGUUUAUGUGUUCUUUCUGAAAUUGUUAUGAUUCAUAAUAAACUUGAAUUAACCUGCUCACAGGACAACAGAAA